AUGUCUCCCAAACGCAAGAGACUUUCUUCUUUGGACGACAUUUCCGGUUCCUCUGCUAAAGCUGAGAUAGCUUCUAAGGCAGCCGUGGCUGUGGAAGACGAGUCGAUGGAGGUGGCGGAUACGGAGAACAAGUCGACGACGUUGUUUUUCCGGCGGCGUAACACGGCGCCCAAGCAUAACAAAGCUGCAGCUAAACCGAAGAAAUCCAACGCCGCCGUGGAGGAGGAAGCUGAAGGCGAGCCGACGGCGGUGGUGGAUUCCGAUGACGAGCUGAUGUCGACUUUUGUUAGGCGGGUUAAGGUUGCGAAUUCCAAAUCCUUUGCGAAACCCAAGAGACUUUCUAAGGAGACCUUGCCGGUGGAAAAGGAGCAGAUUGUGGGUGGGGAGCCGGAGAACGAGCCUACGGCGAGGUUCAUAGAUGAGCCAAUUGCUGAUUCGGAAGCUAGGAGUACCUGGCCUGAGAGAUACCCAUUUAUCAAGAACAAGGAAAUUCCAGAUCAGUCGAAGAGCAAAAAGAUGGAUGAUUAUGAUGAGGCCGGUAUCAUUCUGGCUCGACGCCAUUAUAGGCGUGCCUUCCUUGAUGAGGGACUUACCGUCGAUCUCUACGAUGAUGCAUAUGUUCAGGCUGGUGAAGGAGAGGAUCCUUACAUCUGCAGAAUUGAAGAAAUGUUUGAAGGAGUAGAUGGUAAAUUGUAUUUCACAGCUCGGUGGUUCUACAGAGCUUGUGAUACAGUUAUUGAGUUGCACGGGGAAUUAAUCGAUAAGAAACGUCUGUUUUUCUCUGAGAUUCGAGAUAUCAACGAGUUAAACUGCCUGUUGAAGAAACUGAACAUCCUGAUGAUUCCUUUAACUGAAGGUCCUAAGGAGGAUAUCGCUGCUAUAGAAAAUUGCGAUUACUACUGUGACACGAACUACCAUUUGCCUUACUCCACAUUCGAAGCUAGAAAACCAGAUAUUGCUGUAAACGAAGGAGCAUCUACUACAUCAGUAGAGGAGGAAGCUUCUCGAGUUACACGUGGUCAAAGAACGGAUGCCACAUUGCUUGAUUUGUACUGUGGUUGUGGUGCAAUGUCGACUGGCUUGUGCAUGGGAUCACAACUCUCCGGGCUAAAUCUUGUAACGAAAUGGGCAGUGGACAUGAACAAGUACGCAUGCGAAAGCUUGACCUAUAAUCACCAAGAAACGAAUGUACGAAACGAGUCUGCAGAAGAUUUUCUGUUCUUGCUUAAGGAAUGGGAGAAGUUAUGCGUCCAUUUCUCUUUGAGAGAUUGUCCGAAUCCGGAAGAAUACGCCAACCUUUAUGGGAUGUCUAGUGCUGAGGAGGAUGAGAACGAGGAUGGCAGCGAUGAGAGUGAAAAUGAAGAUGGUGGAGAGGUUUUCGAAGUGGAAAAGAUCAUUGCUAUUUCCUUUGGAGUUCCUGACAAUCCCAAACGUGGACUUUAUCUGAAGGUGCAGUGGAAGAACUACGGGCCUGAAUACGACACUUGGGAGCCUAUCGAAGGGCUUAGCAAUUGCCGUGAGAGAAUCAAGGAAUUCGUUGUGCAUGGAUUUCAAACAAGCAUCCUUCCAUUACCAGGAAGUGUUGAUGUUUUAUGCGGCGGGCCACCAUGCCAAGGAAUCAGCGGUUACAACCGAUUCAGAGACGCUAACAAGCCGCUAGCCGAUGAGAAAAACAAACAGCUUCUCGUCUACAUGAAGAUCGUCGAGUUUCUGAAGCCCAAGUACGUAUUGAUGGAAAACGUCGUCGACAUGCUGAAGUUCGCACGUGGGUACCUUGCUCGCUAUGCCGUGGGACGACUGGUCCAGAUGAACUAUCAGACCCGCAUGGGGAUGAUGGCAGCUGGUGCAUACGGUCUUGCUCAAUUCCGGAUGCGUUUCUUCUUAUGGGGUGCAUUGCCUAGCGAGACGCUUCCUCAGUUCCCUCUUCCAACACAUGAUGUUGUCAGGAGAGGUGUUACUCCUCUGGCGUUUGAGGAAAACGUUGUGGCGUAUGCUGAAGGUCACACUGUGAAGUUGGCAGAGAGGCUCCUACUUUCAGAUGUCAUUACCGACCUUCCAGCUGUUAGAAACGAUGAGAAGAGGGAUGAGAUACCUUAUGACAAAGAUCCUGAAACCGCAUUUCAACAGUUUAUCAGAUUAAGCAAAGAUGAAAUGUUAGGUUUGUCUGCAACUUUCGAGUCAGAGCACGUGUUGUACGACCAUCAUCCUUUGAAUCUUAACAAAGAUGAUUACCAACGUGUCUGCAGGGUCCCUAAGAAGAAGGGAGCUAAUUUCAGGGACUUCCCUGGUGUCAAAGUUGGUGACAACAAUGUUGUUGAAUGGGAUCUUACAAUCCCGAGAGUCUAUCUUGACUCCAAAAAUCCUCUGGUACCAGAAUAUGCCAUGACCUAUGUAGGAGGAACAUCAUCAAAACCUUUUGGACGUCUUUGGUGGGACGAGACAGUGGGAACUGUGAUCACGAGAGCAGAACCACAUAACCAUGUGAUCAUCCACCCAGUGCAAGACCGUGUCUUGACUGUGCGUGAGAAUGCCAGGCUUCAAGGAUUCCCAGAUUAUUACAAACUUUUCGGGCCUACAAAGCAGAAAUACAUGCAGGUGGGGAACGCAGUAGCCAUACCCGUUGCCAAGGCUCUCGGUUAUGCCUUCGGACAGGCAUUCCAAGGACUUGCCGAUGGUAAAUCUCCGCUCCUCACUCUGCCCGAGGCUUUUACGGACUUGUGUUGA